AUGCUACCCUUGGCAGUGUUCUGGGGACUGGUUGCCCUCAUUGGCACUUCCAGGGGCUCACACCCCCUCACUCAUUCCAUGAACCCUCAUCUGCAUGCCCGACUUUACCAUGGUUGCUAUGGAGACAUCACGACUAUGGAGACUUUUGGGGCCCCCUGUGACAUAAAUAAUCUGAUGAACUGUGGGGUCCACGGUUCCGAAAUGUUUGCCGAGAUGGACUUGAAAGCCAUCAAGCCUUACCGUAUCCUCAUCAAGGAAGUGGGACAGAGAUACUGCAUCGACCCAGCUAUCAUCGCAGCCAUCAUCUCCAGAGAAAGCCAUGGUGGAGUUGUCCUGCAGAAUGGCUGGGACCAUAGGGGACAGAAAUUUGGUUUGAUGCAGCUUGAUAAAAUGCACCAUCCUAUUGGCUCCUGGGACAGCAAAGAACACCUUCUACAGUCUGUUGGGAUCCUAGCAGAGAAGAUUAAGGCAAUCCAGAGAAAAUUUCCCACAUGGAAUUCAGCUCAGCACCUCAAAGGUGGUCUGGCUGCUUUUAAGUCAGGACUGGAAACCAUUGUUACUCCUGCAGACAUAGAAGCUGAUUUAGUUGAUGAUCUUAUUGCCCGAGCCAAAUUCUAUAAAAGACAUGGCUUCUAG